AAAUUUAUUCUUGCGGAAAUAAUGCAGGUUUUGGUUCAGGCAGAGGAUUCGCCGGUCGGUAGAUCGUGCGAAGAGGUGAUGACGAAAGGUGUGGUGAAGGCUUAUUCAAAAUGCAGAAACCCGACGUUCAAUUGUUAUCUGCGAAAGG